GAACACUUAAGCUGUGGUUCAUAUACCAGCUAUACCUCCAAGUGUUCAAUAGACUGGAUGCUAGCAAAUAUUCUUUUAUCGCACCGAUGUGAACUAAUAGUUCAGUGAAGUUUUGAACUUGAAGAUGGUCCAGCUAUUUUGGACGGUCACACCCAAGCCUUCUUAAAUGGACGACUGUUGUUAACAACUGCCUUCCUCGAUGUGGUAUUCUCAUCUCCCAUCCCCGUUUUCAAACUGCCCGUUUGUAUCUCUUGUCCAAUACUGAACUCCGAGGAGACAUAACCAAAGCAUGCCGGCACUGAUGUCCACUCCACCGCCCAGUUUCACCAUUUACCCCACCAGCACCAGCGGUGGGACGAGGGUCCUGAACCCGUCCAUCUCGUCGGUUCGCCCGGUCGAAAGGAUGCGUCUGCGACCAUGGCUCAUCCGUAACAUCGUUGAGAAAACCAUACCCGGCUUGGAGUGGUUGGAUGAAAAGGAACAGUUGGUUAAGAUACCCUGGAAACAUGCCGCAAGACACGGCUGGACUUGUGACAAAGAUGCAUCGCUAUUUCGUGCUUGGGCCAUCCAUACAAAAAAAUACGACCCGGUAUCCAAUUGCCCGAAGGCGAAUCCCAAGAUCUGGAAAGCGAACUUCCGGUGUGCAAUCAAUUCACUUCCGGACAUUCUUGAGGUCAAGGAUCAGGGGAAGAGUAAAGGGAACGAUGCUUACAAGAUUUACAAGUUGAUUCCGAAGAAGGCGAGAAAAAGCAAACCUGUGGGUGAUGGCAGUACGAUACACAAGAAGACCAGUAGGACUAUCAGAAGAUCGCCAAAGACCAGUUUAUUCAAAGUGCAAUCAAGAAUUCUCCAGACUCGAGACAGUAUUACGUCCACGCACCAUCCGACUUCUCAACAAUUCUCACCUGAGCUUUGGAAAGAGCAUAACGAAGUCAGCCAAUCACAGAUGAAUACAGAUGUUUGGCAUUCGAGUGUUACAUUCAGCAAUCAGAGUUCCCCAAUGCGACACGAGCUUCCUCCGUACUCUUCCCCAACCUCGUCAAGAGUUAGCAAUCUUUCCAGCCUUCCAUCCCCGCUCUCACCAACCGCAUCAGUUAUAAGCCCUCCACCCCCAUAUCCAUGCAACAGAGGCGCUGCUUAUUCACCCCUCUACGUACGGAGGGGGCUGAUGGAUUACAUAGCCGAUGGAAGAUCACAAGAUGACGUCACUGAAUCGAAUGGUUAUCAAGAUCACCACGAUACAGAGAGCAAUUGCAGUAACGUACCCUCCGAUGAGGAAAUUGUAGAGAUCGUUGACGAUAUGAGGAAGAACAGCCCAGAGCACAGCCCAACGUACACAUCUCCAUUUGACGGUAAUAACAACAGUAGCUCCUAUUGGACCACAUCAACAUUAGACCAAAAACGUUUCAUGAGCGAUCCUCCAAUGAUGACACAAACAAGUGACUUGCCGAUGAGACCUCCCCCUCCUGAGUAUUACGCUAGCUCUAGCCACGCCUUCAUCAAACCAGAAACCAGGGCGCCGUGCCAGUACAUGAAAUCUGCAGUCGGUAGCGAAAUGACAGAUAAUAGAAUUACAAAGACGAGCACUGGGGCCUGUUUCUAUGUGAUGUGAGAUGCGUCCUGAUACCCCCUACGACCACCCAACGAUGGGGUUGAAAGCUGUCAUUGCAGACCUUCCGACUAGCAGGAGGCUUCCGUUAAACUCCCAACUUGCAAAGUGUUUCGUAUAGUUGACUUGCAGACGACAAACUUUUGAACACUUAAAGACGCUUGUUUUCCUAGAGGACCAAAGCUAUCACAACCGCAGCUUCAUGCCGACAUCACCCGCUCCUUUAAGGCGAUAAAAAGCGCCACCAACGACGUCAGAUAUUCAGGAACGAUUGACCAAAAUUCCCGUAAAACUGCAUGAACUUGGACUCAAUAUUGUUAUUAAAAUAAAAAAUAAUAGGGUCCUACAAGUUUGUUUGAAGUUAUUUCUUUUUUAUAUCGUUGUACUUGUUUUUGGUGUGUUAAACGUAUAAAACGACCGGCAUUAAAACAUUGCUACAUUUUUGUAUCAUAAUAAAGUUUCGUGUACAUACAUGUUGGCAGUGAGAGAGAUAUGAAGGCAAUUGCUUUGUUUUGAAUUAAAGGUGUAUCCAUGGCAACAUCAUAAUGAUGCACCCUGCGAUCACAAAACCUGAAACACAAUUCUCUACCGUGUUGCAUUUUUACUAAAACAGUCACUUUAUUUCUGUAAAUUGCAGUACUUGUGUAAAUUAUCAUAACGCAAAGGGCAUUGAAAAUGAAAGUGAUGACGAAAUUGAGGAAAUAAGUUCGUUGUUGGUGUUUCUAUUAUGUAUUUUGGAAAUCUUGCACAUUAUUAGAUGGUAAAGAAUCAGGUUUAUUUUAUUGAAAUGUAAAAAAAAAAAAAAAAAAAAAA